AUGCGAGUCUGCAGGUGCUCGCGACCUGCCGGCUCGAGGCGGAGGAUUUUGCCGGCGCCGCCGCCGCGCUGUCGGAGCUGUUGGGCCCGCUGCUCGUCCAGCCCGCGCACGGGGCUGCUCGCCGCCGGGUGCCUGCCCGCACCGCCAAGGUCGCCCUCUCCGUGCUCGGCGCCUGCCGCGACGCCAGCGUCUGCGGAGACGAGUGCAGAGGUGCUGGCCGCGUGCAGCCGAGACCCAACCGCCGAGACCCAACCGCCGAGACUGCGCCACGACGUCAGCAGAGGUGCUUGGCGCGGGUUGCUUCACCGGGUUUCCUUGUGCGUGGCAGGAGCGGCGCGGCAGUGGGCGGCCCUCGGGGAGGGUGGCCAGUGGGCGCCUCCUGCUCCGCCUCCCUCGCCCGAGCGGACCCUCGCCCUCCUCAAGCCGGACUGCGUCGCGAGUGGGGCGGCGGGCGAGGUGGAGGCUCUGAUCGCGGAGCACGGGUUCGAGGUCGUGCGGCGGAGGAGGUGGAGGAUGGGGGAGGGGGAGGCGGCGGCCUUCCUGCAGGCCUCAUGCUCGUCGCGCUUCUUCUCGGAGAUGGUCUCGUUUUACGCGAGCGGCGAGGUGGUCGCCCUCCUCCUGCAGCGGGCGGGGGCCAUAGGCGCGUGGAGGGAGCUGCUCGGGCCCGGCGACCCGGCGGCGGCGAGAGGGUACACGGACAGGCACGGCCGGGUGCGGCGCCCAAAGGCGCCGCGGAGCGUGCGAGCGCGUUGGGGGCGCGACAAGCAGGCGAACGCGGCGCACGGGUCGGAUUCGGAGGAGGCGGCGGGGAGGGAGAUCCGGUUCGUGUUUGGGGAGGGGUGGGUCGAGGCGGGCGGCGCCGGCGAGGGAGCGAGCGAGCUCGAGCAGCAAGCCGCGCGGUAA